CAGGUCAGCUCAAACAUGGAGAGAGGAGCUGAGACACAAAGAGGAGGUGAUAGGGAGGUGAUGGAAGGAAAAAGCUCAGCGGAGAGGCCAUGGGGGGAGGCAGAAGUGCUGGCUCUCAUGUCAGUGUGGGACGAGGUGGGAGCUCAGCACGUAGCUGAGAGCAGAACCACAUUUGAGCUGAUCUCAGAGCGUCUGAGGAGGCUUAGUGUUGUGCGCAGCUGGUGGGAGUGUCAGGCCAAAAGCAGGAGCCUGGGACUUCAGAGCAGGAAGCCUGAUGCAGCAGCAGGCACUUCAGCAAACUACAGCCCAGGAGUGGAUGGAAGGCCGGUGAAGGGCUGGGAGAAAGAGGUGGAAGAUGUGGGUAAUCAAAGAGGAAUCUACCUUCCCUCAGUCACUACCCAAAUGCAGGAAGGAAUUAACAGUCGAAUCCAUCAAGCUCUUCCUUACUCUCCAAGUGUGGCUGAAGAGGGGGGCCGCCACUGGACAGACGAUGAGGUGCGGGCACUGUUGUGUGUCUGGGCUGACUGGCGUAUUCGAGAGCGCUUGAAGUGCACGCUACGCAACAAGUCCAUCUUCCAAGAGAUGGCCCGUCAGAUGCAGAGAAAGUUUGGAGUGGUACGGACAUGGAAACAAUGUCGAACAAAGUACAAGAACUUGAAAUACGACUACAAGACUGCCAGGAGCGCUCAUGCUGCUGGGGGCGGCAGCACUGCAGGCCCAGGGAAGUACAUGAAGUUCUUUGAGGAGGUGGAAGCCAUUCUGCUGGACCGUGAACUGGAAAACUGCUCAUUGGAGAUGCAGAGGAGGUUGGGUAAAGAAGAUGUGACAGCAGGGAGGCUACAAACCCCAGAAGGCCACACAGCACAGACCACAGCCUCAGAAAAUGAGGUCAUCAUAGAAAUUGACGAUGAUGACAACAGUGAUGAUUAUGAUAUGGAUGGAGACAUCGAAGCCAAGUGGAUCGGAACUGAUGCCCAACUAACAGAUCCAUCCAGCUCUGACCAGUUCCAUGUUGUCACAGUGUCAGACACAGGGCGAAACUGGAGCGAUCAGGAGGUGCGAGCCCUAAUUCAAGUCUGGUCUGAUGAGCGUGUGUGCAGGCAGUUGGAGAGCUCCACCAGAAAGAGAGACAUCUUCGUCCAGAUCUCCAACAGGUUAAUGCAGCAAGGCAUUGAACGCGACUGGAAACAGUGCCAUACCAAAUACAAAAACCUCAAGUACCUUUACCGUUCCCUCCAAAGGGGUAAGAGCGAUGAAGCUGACCCAAGACGCCUUAUGAAGUUCUACGAUGAGGUGGAUGCUAUUAUGAAUCACACAACUAAUGGCUCCCCAAAUACCAGACCUGCAGACCACAAAGCAGAUUCAGGAGGACUUGGGACGCCGGAGGGCGAUCAUGUAGAUGUCUGUUUGACAAAGGCAAACACAGUGAUGGAAACAGCAGGAGUGACGGAGGAGAGAACUUAUGGCUCCAAUUCUGUCUCAUCUAUAAACAUCAGUGUUGCACCAAAGAAUGAAGAACCAAGGCUGCAGACAUUAAAGGAGCAUCGCAUGGAUCAACAACACAGAAUGAUGAACUCGACUGAAACUAGGGUAGAAAUGGAGAAAACCUAUCCAGAAAACAGGGGAAUGAAGAGGAAAGCUGUGGAUCAAGACCCCUUACAGACAGCAAUGAAAAAACACAACAGUGGCUCUGACGUUGCUGAUAAUGCGGCAGCCCAGUUUAAAGAAGAGCAGGAUCACAUCCCAAUAAUAAAGAUCAGUUCAGUGAGUUCACUGGCCUCCCCUAGUCCAUCAUCAGAGAGAGAGGAUUGUAGGUUGAUAAUGAGCACUGCCAUGACCUCCGCACCAGACUUGAAGAUCGGCCAGAAGCUGAAUGAGGGAAAGACGAAGCAGAUUUUUGAGCUGGUGGACCAGCACGGUCUGGUUCUGGUCCAGUCCAAAGACCAGAUCACUGCUGGGAAUGCAGCGAGGAAAGACCAGAUGGAGGGCAAGGCAGCCAUCGCCAACAAAACGACCAGCUGCGUUUUCAAGUUGCUCCAAGAAGCUGGCAUUAAGACUGCCUUUGUGAAGCAGCACUCGGACACAGCGUUCAUUGCAGCUCAGUGUGAGAUGAUUCCCAUUGAGUGGGUGUGUCGGAGGGUGGCGACCGGAUCCUUCCUCAAGAGGAAUCCAGGAGUUAAGGAAGGCUACCGCUUCUCCCCCUUGAAGAUGGAGAUGUUCUUUAAAGAUGAUGCCAACAAUGACCCUCAGUGGUCAGAGGAACAGCUGCUGGAGGCCAAGUUCUCUCUGGCUGGGCUCACUAUUGGCCAGUGUGAGGUGGACAUCAUGAAUCGCAGCACUGUGGCCAUCUUUGAGAUUCUGGAGAAGGCCUGGGCCACUCAGAACUGCACACUGGUGGAUAUGAAAAUAGAGUUUGGUGUGAAUAUAAAGACUCAAGAUAUUGUCCUUGCUGACGUGAUCGACAAUGAUUCGUGGAGGCUGUGGCCAGCUGGAGAUCGAAGCCAGCAGAAAGAUAAGCAGGUGUACCGAGACCUGAAGGAAGUUACUCCAGAGGCAAUGCAGAUGGUGAAGAGAAAUUUUGAGUGGGUCUCUGAAAGGGUCCAGCUACUGCUGGAGCCUCAGGCCAGGGGCAGGGUGGUGGUUCUGAUGGGCUCCACCUCCGACAUGGCCCACUGUGACAAAAUCAGGAAGGCAUGUAUGUCCUAUGGAAUUUCCUGCGUCCUCAGAGUCACGUCGGCACACAAAGGUCCAGAUGAGACACUGCGCAUCAAAGCAGAAUAUGAAGGCGACGGCGUACCUACUGUGUUUGUGGCUGUAGCUGGGAAAAGCAAUGGCCUCGGUCCGGUGAUGUCAGGAAACACAGCUUAUCCUGUCAUCAACUGCCCACCUCUGACUCCAGACUGGGCAGCACAAGAUGUCUGGUCAUCCCUGCGUAUGCCAAGCGGUCUUGCCUGCUCUACAGUCAUCUCCCCGGAGGCUGCUGCUCAGUUUGCAGCACAGAUCUUUGGCUUGACUGAUCACCUGGUGUGGUGCAAACUGAGGGCCUCCAUACUCAACACCUGGGUAUCUCUCAGACUAGCUGACAAGAAGCUGCAGGCCUACAACUUCUGAGAUGGCUCAGACCUCUUGAGUCUUGUUUCUAGGGCUUCGUUUUGUCAGAUUCAUUUUGUUUACCAUGAAAAAACCUUAACAGUAGAUGUAAUGUAUAUGUACUUUCUCACACUGGAAUCAUUCCAUUAAAAAGCUUCUUAAUUAAAUGCA